AAUCAGCCACACUGAUGCCCUCAGCACACACUCAUAUAAACACACACGACAGCUUCAUCUGCUCUCCUGUCUGGACUUUUACUAUUGAACCGAUGUCAUCUCAAUAGCCAUGUCUUCAGAGAAGAAGACAAAAAAGAAGAAGCCGGAGGCAGAUUCUGGAAAGGCCAAGGGAGCUGAAGCCAAACCCAAAAAGAGCAAAGCUAAAAAGAGUGAAGAGUUGUCAGGCGAAGAGGCCAGUACGCCCUCAAAGACAGAGAGCAAAGCGGUAAAGAAGAAGAAAACCGAGAAGGACAAAGAAGCGCCAACAGAGAAGAACAUAAAAAAGAAGCCCAAGAGUACUCCUAAGAAGAAUAAAGAUUCCGAUGAUGAAGAUGACGAGGAUGACGAAGAGGAGACCUCACAGAAGAAAACUAAAAAGAAAACCACCAAAGAGAGCUCCCCUGCUGGCACCAAAGAAAAGAAAUCAAAGGCCAAAGAGAGUAAAGGUGAAUCAGAAAGCAGAGGAAAGACAGCCAAGGCUAAAAAGGAGCCAGCUUCUAUGUUUCAGAUAAAUGGCGAUAAACCAGAUUUUAUCGGAAAAAAGAAAGCAUCUGCUCCAGUCACCAAGUCUGACAGCGAUGAGAGUGAGCCAGAGACUAAACCCAGCAAGAGCAAAAAGAAAUCCACUGCCAACUCCACCUCCAUGUUUCAGGCUGGAGGAGACAAAGACAAGAAAAAAGACAAGAGUAAUAAGGACAAAGAGAAGAACAACAAGAAAAAGAACGCUGCUAAACCUGAUGAAAGUGAUGAUGAGGAUACAGAAGUGCCCAGAAAGAAGAAAGGCAAAGGCAGGAAAAGUAAAAAGGAGGAGGAGAGGCCUCCAUCACCAGAGAUCGAGUUUGAUGACCUUGAGGAGUUUGUUCUUCAGCCUGCACCUCAGGGAACCACCAUCAAGUGUAAAGUGACGCGAGACAAGCGUGGCAUGGACAGAGGCUUCUACCCCACCUAUUACCUCCAUUUAGACAAUGACAAGAAGGUUUUCCUAUUGGCUGGUCGAAAAAGAAAAAAGAGUGCAACGUCAAAUUAUUUGAUAUCCAUAGAUGCCACUGACCUGUCACGGGGCGGAGAAAAUUUCAUCGGAAAGUUGAGAUCCAAUCUCAUGGGUACCAAGUUCACAGUGUUUGACAAUGGUCUCAACCCUGACCGUGCCCUCAGGGACAUGUCUAACGCCCGGCAAGAGCUAGCGGCUAUCAUUUACGAGACAAAUGUGUUGGGGUUUAAAGGGCCCAGAAAAAUGACUGUUAUCAUCCCAGGCAUGGAUGACGACAACGAGCGAGUGCCGAUACGUCCACGAACGGACAACGACAAUAUACUUGUGCGCUACCAAAACAGGCAGAUGGACAACCUGAUUGAACUCCACAACAAAACUCCAGUUUGGAAUGAUGACAAAGCUUCCUAUGUCCUCAACUUCUCUGGUCGGGUCACACAGGCCUCUGUCAAGAACUUCCAGAUCGUCCACAGCAAAGACAAUAGCUACAUUGUGAUGCAGUUUGGAAGGGUGGCAGACGACAUGUUCACUCUGGACUAUAAUUACCCCAUGUGUGCAGUGCAAGCCUUUGCUAUUGCUCUGUCCAGCUUUGAUGGCAAACUGGCCUGCGAAUGAACACAAGGCACAACAUUCUUCGACCAAGAGUCAAAUCUUUGCAAUCAACACACGAUAACUUCAUCAUCAGGAAGGACGAUGAAGUAAGAUGUGUUAUUUGAAAAUGUGGGGCAUUUUUAUGAUUUCCACUGUGCCUGAAUGCGACUGGGAUGCACUUAUCCUGGAUACAGAACAGAAACUGACACCAGAGCCAGGCGUUGCACGUACAUGAUGAAUGCAGGCUACAUAACAUGACUGAAAGUGAUUGAAAAUUUGUUUGAUUAUAUUUUGUGUUGUACUGAGAUUUAUUAAUGUUUUAUGAGGUGCAAUAUGAGGCACAUAUGAGGUGCAAAACAGAAAAAUGUACAUGUGUGCAUUUAAAAGUCAUUUAAAAAAUAUAUAAUUUAAAAUGUACUAGAAUAUGUAUACUGAAAUUAUAGUAUCAUAUUGUUUUGUUUAUUUUUGUUGUUGUUGUUGUUUUACUAUUUAUGUCUAAUGUGCAUUCCUUUAACAUAUUCUAUUGAAACAAAGUGAUUUGUUUUGUUCAUUUAUAUUUAAUUACUUCCUGCCCAUGCAUUAAGGAAAUCAAGGAUAUGCUUCUUUAUAAACUCUAAAAACUGUUUGUUUUGUUUUUUUAUCAUAAAAGAUACAUGACAGAUGCAUAAAAAAUACAUGAAUACGAGAACGAUUCUAUUACACUUCGUGACGCAUAUCUGUCAAACAUAUAUUUUUCCCACUUUUGGAGAAUUAUCCGAGAUCUCUGAAAUAAUGAAUCAGAUGCUGAAUGAAAAUAAAUAAUGA